UGUCAUGUGACUCCGGGCACGUGAUUGGAUUGAUAGACUAGUAAAGGAGCACACAGGACAUUAUCUGUCCAGUCGUACUGUAAGAAUUCCCACGCCCGUCUGCUCACAAGAGACUUGAUAACAUGGCUCCUAGCUUCCUAGCACUGGUUGCCAUGGCAACAGUGUGCUGUGCUGUGGUUCCGGAAGAUGAAAUAAAAAUGAUGCCCGGCUUAAGCAAGCAACCAUCAUUCAAACAGUACUCAGGGUACCUCAAAGCAUCUGGUACAAAGAAAUUGCACUACUGGUUUGUGGAGUCCAUGAACAACCCUGCUACUGACCCAGUAGUACUGUGGCUCAAUGGCGGUCCAGGCUGCAGCUCAGACCUGGGACUUCUUACAGAAAACGGACCUUUCAGGGUGAUGCCUGAUGGGAAGACUGUGACGUACAGUAAGACCAGCUGGUCAUCGGUGGCCAACAUGCUGUGGCUGGAGGCACCUGCAGGUGUGGGGUUCUCCUACUCAGAUGACAAGAAUUACACGACAGAUGAUAACGAGGUUGCCCGCGACAACUACCUGGCCCUCAAGGACUUCUUCUCCAAGUACCAGAACUACUCCAAGAACGAUUUUUUCAUCACUGGAGAGAGCUAUGGAGGCAUCUACGUGCCAACCCUCAGUUCCCUUGUGGUAGACGACAAGGAUAUCAACUUCAAGGGCAUGGGAAUUGGUAAUGGACUCUCCAAUGACAAAUUCAAUGACAACUCCCUCCUCUACUUUGCCUACUACCAUGGACUGAUUGGAGACAGUGCAUUCAAGGACCUUCAGAAGUUUUGCUGUUCGACCAACUCCACUGAGAGGUGUUACUUCACGGACAAGAUGCAGGACCAACAGUGUCAGAAAGUGGUGACUGCAGCAUCCAGUGUGGUGUAUGCCGGGGGCCUCAAUAUCUACAACCUCUACGGGGAGUGUGCUGGAGGUGUUAUGUCCAGGAAGAGACCAAACUCUGACGUUCUAGAGUCAUCUAACUUUGGUUAUCCAUUCGGAUUUCUGGAAAGUGUCAGGAAAGAUAGAAUGCGGAUGAAGUCGGCUACUAAGCUGAAGGUGGACCCACCAUGUAUCGAUGCCAGGAACGUGGCCAAGUAUCUCAACUCGGAGCAGGUGAGGACAGCCAUCCAUAUCCCCAGCGUGGUACAGCAGUGGGAGACGUGUAGCGGGGAAGUCGGCAGCCACUACGUCAGAGUCUACAGCGAAGUUUCUGCACAGUACAAGAAGGUUCUUGCUGCAGGGAAAAGAGUGCUGGUAUACAAUGGUGAUAUCGACAUGGCUUGCAAUUUCCUCGGCGAUGAAUGGUUCGUGGACGGUCUUGGCAUACAGAACCCGUCCGCCAGGAAGGAGUGGUUCUACAAGGCGGAGGACGGCACAAAGCAAGUGGCUGGAUUUGUGAAGCAGUAUGACAAUCUUUCCCUAGUGACUGUCAGAGGAGCUGGUCACAUGGUGCCAACAGAUCGGCCUGUUCCAGGGCUAGAGAUGUUCAAGAGCUUCAUCAUGGGCCAGCCUCUAGUAUAACUCUCCUAGCUUAAUCUUCAUUCAAUGGCUACUUAGACUGGCAUCUCUCAAACAUACUAAUCAGUGAUUAUCUAGAGUGUCUCCAUUCGUUACUCUGAUACAGAAAUAUUUUAUGCUUUGGAAAAAUACUGAUUGAAACAAUCAUGUGGGGGAAAUUGUGUGUAAAUGUACUGAUGAGAGAGAUGUCAAGUUGAUGUCACUUCCCAAAUGUUGAAUGUCUUCAGGGUAUUGAUGAUA